CGGAGGAGAGGAGCCGCCGGCGCCACAGCCGCCGUCAGGGCAUGAGGAUGGCCGUAGGCUCCGUCAAGAUGCAGCCGCCGUGCGAGAGCCCGGCCCUGGCCGCGGCGGCGGCCGCGGUGGCGGCGGACGGCGCCCUGCGCCGCAGCCCCAGCGCCCGCGAGCCCGAGCGCGAGCCGCCCGCGGCGUCGCUGCGGCCGCGCCUGAAGGACCUGCCGGCGCUGCUGCGGAGCGGGCUCACGCUGCGGAGGAAGCGGAGCGCCGCCGGGGGCCGGACUCUAUCAAGGAGAAUUUCCAAUCCAUACCUUGAACAUACUCCUUCUCAGAUUUAUGGGGAGAACUCAUCAUGCGCAGGAAGAGCAUUGAGGAAUAUUAUUAUCGUUCAGGCAGCUGACCUGGUAAAGGACAGAGUGAACCUCAAGGGAUUUUACAGGAGAAGUUGUGUGGGGUCGGAACUCGUGGACUGGCUUCUGGAACACUGUCCUUUUGUCCAGUGCAGAUCUAUGGCCAUUGGUGUGUGGCAGCUCCUGCUGGACAUGGGAAUUAUGUCAUCAGUGGACCAGCAUCUGUACUUUCAAGAUACUUAUGUUUUCUACCAGUUUUCAUCUGAUGAAUGCAGCUACUUGUACUGUGAAUUUGAAAGGGAAGAAGAAUGGCAAAAUGGUGUCAAGCUGUUGCUGCAACUUGUGCCUCUGAUUCCAGCAAGAGCAGGCGUCUGUGAGCUGUCCCAUCAGAAAAUUGAAGACCCUGAAGAAAGCAGUGAUGAAAUUCUUGCUCGGUUAACAUCUGCGGUGCAGAGAGAGCUAGCAGCUGUUAUUGCUUUGAAAGCAAGGAAGUCUGCAAUUGAACAGGAUGAAGAAAGUAGUGGCAGAGACAUAGCUGUGACUGAAGCAGAAAGUGUUCCAGAUUCUCAGGCGGGAGUGAUGUGCAAGCUUCAGGAGAGAGAUGAUAUCGGGCGCAUUGAACUGGUACAGAAGUUGGCAAGAGAAAAUUGUCAGUUUCUGCUGACCGACAAAAAAGAAUUGGAGAAGUCUGAACACCAAGAGGAUGAAGUGACGACGGUGCAGGUUAAAGAGCAAGACCGGAAUGUCCUGGUGCUGAAGAAAGUGCUGGGCUGUGGCCCAGCCCCCACCGCGGGGAGUGCCGAGGGCGAAGGGAGAUAUGUGGUAGUGUCUGGGACCCCGGAGAAGAUCCUGGAGCACCUUUUGAAUGACUUGCACCUGGAGGAAGUCCAGGACAAAGAAACAGAGACCCUCCUUGAUGAUUUCCUCCUCACGUACACAGUCUUCAUGACAACUGAUGACUUGUGCCAGGCGCUGUUAAGACAUUAUUCUGCUAAGAAGUAUCAAGGCAAGGAAGAAAACUCAGAGGCACCAUGUCGGAAACGUAAAGUCUUACAUCUUGUUUCCCAGUGGAUUUCUCUGUACAAAGACUGGCUCCAUGAAGAUGAACAUUCAAAAAUAUUUUUAAAGACCAUAUACAGAAAUGUACUGGAUGAUGUCUAUGAAUAUCCCAUACUGGAAAAAGAAUUGAAAGAAUUUCAAAAGAUACUGGGAAUGCAUCGCCGUCACACGGUGGAUGAGUAUUCACCACAGAGGAAGAAUAAAGCCCUUUUCCACCAAUUCAGUCUUAAGGAGAACUGGCUCCAGCAUAGAGGAACUGUGACUGAAACAGAGGAAAUUUUUUGUCAUGUGUAUAUCACAGAGCACUCCUAUGUCAGUGUGAAGGCAAAAGUUUCUAGCACAGCCCGAGAGAUCCUGAAGGUUGUGGCAGAAAAGAUUCAGCAUGCAGAAGAGGAUCUGGCUCUGGUGGCCAUCAUGCUCUCUGGGGAAAAGCAUGAGCUUCAGCCAAAUGACUUGGCCGUUACCAAAUCUCUGGAGGCGUCUAGUCGGAUCUGUGUCUACCGGAAGGACCUGGCUGAUACAUUGAACCCGCUUGCAGAAAAUGAGGAAUCACAGCAAAGACCCAUGAGGAUUCUGGGAAUGAACACUUGGGAUCUUGCUUUGGAAUUAAUGAAUUUUGAUUGGAGUCUGUUCAAUUCAAUUCAUGAGCAAGAGCUAAUCUACUUCACCUUCAGCAGACAAGGAAAUGGGGAACACACUGUGAACCUCAGCCUUUUGCUCCAGAGAUGUAAUGAAGUCCAGCUCUGGGUGGCCACAGAGAUUCUGCUUUGCAGCCAGCUGGGCAAACGAGUGCAGCUGGUGAAAAAAUUCAUCAAAAUUGCAGCUCACUGCAAAGCCCAGCGAAAUCUGAACUCUUUCUUUGCUAUUGUGAUGGGUCUCAACACUGCCUCUGUCAGCCGGCUGUCACAAACCUGGGAGAAAAUCCCUGGGAAGUUUAAGAAACUUUUCUCUGAACUUGAAAGUUUGACAGAUCCUUCCCUAAAUCACAAAGCCUACAGAGAUGCAUUCAAAAAGAUGAAGCCACCAAAAAUCCCAUUCAUGCCCUUACUACUUAAAGAUGUAACAUUUAUUCAUGAAGGAAAUAAAACAUUUCUGGAUAAUCUUGUCAAUUUUGAAAAACUGCACAUGAUUGCAGACACUGUCAGAACCCUGAGACACUGCAGGGCUAACCAGUUUGGAGGCGAUGUGUCCCCAAAGGAGCACCAAGAGCUGAAGUCCUACGUCACCCACCUGUAUGUCAUCGACAGCCAGCAGGCCCUGUUUGAGCUCUCCCACAGGUUGGAGCCCCGGGCCUGAGCCGCCCGCCCAUCCCCCUCUGACUGCGCAGCGCCUGGCUUGGAGUGAAUGGAAGGGAAGGCCACCGCCCAGCACAUUGCUUCCUGUGAGGAAAGGAGUGGCUGAGUUUUAUCAGUAAACUCUAAGAUGUGCCCAGGAAAGGAGACCAAGGCGGGGUCAGGAAGUGACAUCAGCCGCCAGACCCGGGAAAGGCCCCUCCACUGGACUGUCAGAACUGGAGGAACAGAGCCAGGAGCAUCCUUAGAAUGGAGGAGUGUGGUGUCCUGCCAUCAUGUUGUAGAUCCAGUCCAUCUGUGUUUCAACUUGAGAUAUACCAGCAGGGAGAGGAGGAAGGGCAUCUUGACAGGGUGAACAAAUACUUCAGUCAGAGCUUGCUUGCAGGAGCAAGGAGUUCUAGUCUGCCUGUGUCAGACUCCUGUCCACAGGCUGCCAGGUUUUGAGAACAUGAUGACCAUGACGGCAUCUCUAGUUGUCCAGGGAAAGGGAGAGGCCUCUGGGGCGUAAACUCUGCAUCACCUCUAGAGUCAAGAAGACACGCAGCUGUCCUUCAGGCCCUGCCUGCCCAGCAGGUGGGCAGUGCCCAAGCGUGCACUUCAUGCUCUCAAUCACACAGCAAUGAAUGCUUGCAGGCGAAAUUAAUUUCUGUUCAGCUGAUUUGCAACAAUAGACAAAGUAGAGUAAAGUGGCUUUCCCAAUAAGGAGACAUCCCAUUAUUUAGUUUCUGGGGAUUUCCUUUAUAUUUGUAAGUGCACAUUUUGUUUUGUUUGUCCUAGGCACAGUAUGAUUUUCAGAAAAGCACAGAGCCUGAUAUACUGGGCACUCAAUAGCUGUGUGUGGAGAGGACAGAGCCUUUUCCUGAGGAAGCCUCAGCACCUCCACGCCAUGGGCAACUCCCUGCUGGCAACUCCCCCAGCCUGCAAGAACGCUGCCAACAAGGGAGGCUAGGCUGGGGGCAGAACUUAGCACCCCUGAAAAAGGGAGAGAUUAUCCAUCUUUUGGCAGAUGUUCUCAGAAACACUCAGAUGUCCGAUUUGUGUUGGAGCCUAGUCCAUGCGCUCACCAAAGCAGAGCCUUGCUGUAAUUCCCAGAGUCGCGUAGUCUCCUGAAUCUUUUUUACUAUCCCAUGUGUACCAGUUAAGCCUCUUACAGCAAUUAAGACCUCUUGUUGUCCUCAAGGACUGGUUAGAGGAUUUCCCUCAACCAUCGAAGAAACAAAAAGCCUGUGGUUGAAAUGAGCCAGUUGUCUCUGCUAGCUUGACACCUGUUGCUUUGCUGAGUCCGCAGCCCCCUACUUCAUGUAUUCGGUCCAUUCGUGCUGCAAACGUGUGAAGCGUGCGUGCUUCUUGACAUUUCUGCCUGUUCAUCUAAUGGGCUCCUGCACCGACCUGCCUGUGUCUCUCCAACACCUCAUUCAGCCUCAUUACCGAGCUCAGUUUCCUAGCCUUUCUGACAUCUUCAUAGCAGUGCUGUUUCCUGGGCUCAGGAACCACAGUGAACUUGAGAUUCUGUGGGAAAGAAGCAAGCAGACAUAUUGUGGUAUAGGACUUUCAAAAAGACUCAGUCUUGUCCAGCAUGUAAAACUGGAGUCCUGAAAUCUUACAGGGUUUUAUAGAAAUGUUCCAUCCAUGGCUAGUCUACUUGUAAAAACUACUUCAUGCUCCUCCCGCUAGAGGGCUUGAGUCCACAGAAUCAGACUUCACUUAAAAAUCCCUCCUCUUAGCAAUGCCAACACCUGUUUGUGUCUGUUCUCCAAGCUAGCAACUAGGGUUUAGCCAGCGUAACUAUGUAAGGACAUUUCAGCCUUGUCUCUGUGAUUUUUAAAUUUAAUUUCACAUUAGAUCUACAUUACACCAAAUAGAACAUUAUCUACAGAGGACUAGUUUUGAGUGGAGAUCUAUUUCAAUACCUGUUACUUAGAUUCCAAUAUGUACACUUGACCAAAUACAGCCAUACAUUAUGUCAAAGCACAUUUUGUACUACCUAUUCAGACCAUCCCAUGUAGCAUGAGUGGAAAUGGCCAGAGAGGAAGGGGUACUUAGCUACCCUUUCUUCCAAAGCAAAAGGAAAAUGGGAUUUUGUUUGGUUUAGAUCUGCUUUUUUAAUCUUUGUCUUCUGAAUGUCGAAAUCUCAACAUCUUUCUGAAAUUCAACUAUUGUUUUCCUAGAGAUUCUUUUUCCAGGCAACAAACUCAGAAAUUUUAGAAGCUUUGAGGAGUCUUAACCUGUGACAGAAUUGUGGGAACCAGCUUUUGUACCAUAGGAAGCUGUUUCUGAGGAGUCUGAGCUGACGUUGAAUGGGUAUUAUAGGACUAGAACAUUCCUAGCAGUGGGUAGAGGCCCCAGUCCUUUGCAGGUGCUCACCACGGCCUCUUAGACCUGGUUCUCUUCCAAUUAGUAGAUGGAUGGACUAUGAGGUGUCUGAGCUCUCUUCUCUGUCUCUUUGGAGUUUAGUGAUUGCAUAAAAUCUCCAUUCGCUUCAAAACUCUUCUGUGAUAUGGCACCUUCAUCAGCAGACAGUGACCUCGCACCUCCACAGAUGUUCUUUGUGAACAGCACAACUCAGCCACAGUGCUGGGGCUCUUUGAAUCCGUGAGCAUUGCAGUACAUAAGCCAGCCUUGCUUAGAAGUUAGUACAGGGUAGCAGAACACACGUUCCUAUAGGCAGAAUCACAACCUUCUCAAAUUUUUUUAAAUAAAUUACAGAAAUAUAGUUUAUGUCCCAUAAACUAUAUUAGACAUUCACUGUCACGGUCUUACAGUGCCCCGAUGUUUCAGUGAACUAUGACUACACUCACACUUUUCUAGUAUCCUUAAUUAUAUGUGGAAUUAACUCACUUUCUAGAACAGUUACCUACACAGCAGGUAGCGUGGCACAUGCCCUGACUUCAAAGGCAUGAGGGUAAACACAACAGCCUCUGAGUGGGGGAGAGGGGGUGCUGGGGGAGGGCUGCACCCUAGAGCCAGCCUUUCAUUCACAGCCCUGCAGUUUUGCUGAAUCACCCGGCAUGGCCCACUGAGCUUCUCUAAAAUGGAGCACAAACAUUAACAUUUGGGAGAGCAACCCCUCCCUCAAUGCAGGAUUUCUUCUCACUGCUGCAAAGAUAUGUCCUUAAAAUUUCAGCUCGCUCACCUUUGAGCAGGCCUGUUUCACUUCAGACUGUAGAGGAGAAAAGAUUUUUUUAAUUGCCAAAAAAAAAAAAGUUAGAUGAAAAUGAGCUACUGUGUAAAGCAAAGCUGUAUAUAUGAAACAUUUUCUAGCAGAGUAAUAUUUAUUUGCAUAGCCUAUUUAUUGUAUUCGUAUCACACUGUUAUUAAAUACUGGGAUGAAAUUGAUGACCAGAAGCAAGGAAUCUUGCCUUUUAAUGUACCAUUACUUAGGGCUGCUGUGAUAUUGUCAGCUUGCAUUAACACUUAGAUGAUAGGAAACCCGCCGUCGGGAUAUCUACCUAACUUCUCAGGGACUACACUUGUAGUUUUCCACCAUUAUUCGCACUGGUAAAUAUGAAACGUCCGUUGAAUUACCAGAAUUGCCAUUAACAGUGUUUCCUUUGUCAUCUCUCGGCUUUCUGCCUCUGUAUAUAUGACUGGGCUGUGUAUUUAUCAAAGCUAGGAAGCAAUAAUUUAUAUGUAAAAAAUGGACAAGCAAUAUAAGGUUAAAACUUAUAUAAGUAAGCAUUACCUUAUCUUGUAUUUUCAAGUGUUUUUUUUUAACUGCUUUUCCAAAUAUAAGACUAUGUUAAAGAUA